AUGGUGUCGUUCGCGACGCGCGCGCGACGGACGUUCGAGGUGGAGUACGGCGCGCGGCGAGGGACGACGGAGAACGCGUACGCGACGCGAGGCGAAAAGGAUGCGUGCCUGAUCGAUUGCGUCGACGGGAGACACGCGGAGGGGUACGCGCGCGAGAUCGAGGGGCUGGGGGCGUGGGCGCGCGACGCGGCGUAUCACGCGGUGCUGCACGUGAGUCCGCGGCGGUUGGACGCGCUCGCGGCGGCGAUCGCGAACAGGAGCGAGGGCGCGGCGUGCGUGGAGGUGCUGUGCUCGAAUCCGGGGGCGCAGUUGAUUCAACAGGCGCUGAAACCGAAUAGUCCUCUGACGAAUGAAGCGCUGUGUGCGGCGUGGAAGGGGACGGAUGGGAAACUGAGGGCGCGGUUGCGCGUCGUGCGCAACGGCGAGCGGUUGGAUUUGGGCGGGCGGACUUUGAGAUUUACGCUCGCGCCCACGCCGCGUUGGCCGGAUUUGAUCUUCGCGCGCGAUGAGAAGUCGCAAACUCUGUUUACAUCGAAGUUUUUCUCCGCACACGUCGGCACGAUGGAAGGAUACGGCGAUGAGGGCGGGUUGGAGACGUUCGGGGAGGAUUGGAGGUUUUACUUUGACUGCCUCCUCGCGCCGAUGGCGAGGCAAGUGUCGCCUUUGCUCGAGAAGCUUACCGGCGUCGCGAAGACUAUUUGCCCGGCGCACGGCCCGGUCGUCGCGUCCUCGGUCACGGAGCUGUAUCGAGAGUACGUAGAGUGGUGCAAAAUGCAAACUUCCGCUGGGGAUAACUUGUCCGUGGCCGUCAUCUACGCCAGUGCGUACGGGAACACCGGCGCGAUGGCGCAAGCCAUCGCGCGAGGCGUCGCCAAGACAGGCGUCGGCGCGGAAAUGUUCAACUGCGAGCUCGCGUCACCGAUCGAAGUGGAAGAAGUGUUGAAACGUAGCGCGGGGUUCGCCCUCGGUGCACCGACGCUCGGUGGCACUUUACCGACGCCCGUGCAGACCGCACUCGGGGCGAUCGUGAAGGAGGGCGAUUUGGAGAAGCCGUGCGGCUCCUUUGGAUCCUUUGGCUGGUCUGGCGAAGCGGUGGCGAUGAUCGACAAACGCUUGACAGACGCGGGCUUUAAAAGUGCGUUCGAGCCGUUGCGGUGUAAAUUCAAACCUACCGCCGAGACGCUGCAGCUUUGUGAAGAGAGCGGGACGGAUCUCGCGCAAGCGGUGCGCAAGAUCGAGCGCCGCAAACAAGUGCUCGAGCGUAAAUCCGUCGGCCAAGCCGCGGACGGCGUCAGUGACACCGCCGCCGCCGUCGGGCGCAUCGUCGGCUCGCUAUGCGCGGUGACGACGAAGAACGAAGACACGCAAAGUGCCAUGUUAGCGUCUUGGGUAUCUCAAGCGAGCUUCAAUCCGCCGGCGCUCACCGUCGCCGUCGCCAAGGAGCGCGCCGUCGAGAGUUUCCUCAUGACCGGCGGCAAGUUCAACCUCAACGUCCUCAAGUCCGGCGGCGAAAAGGACGUCAUGAAGGCCCUACUCAAACCGUUCGCUCCCGGUGAGAACCGUUUCGGCGCGCUCGACGUAGACAUCUCCGAAACCAACGGCUGCGCCGUGGUGAAACAGGCCCUCGCGUGCGUCGAGUGCACCGUCACGAAGCGAAUGGAGGCCGGCGACCACUGGGUCGUCCUCGCCGAAGUCGAGCGCGGGACUCUCUUAGACGCCGAAGGCGUGACGAGCAUCCACCACAGAAAGACUGGUAGUUCUUAUUAA